AUGGAGACUACAGGGCCAGUCUCGGUCGAUUCGCCCAACUAUGGCUUGGUUUCUGUGGACUCGGAGAUGCUCAAGCUGCGACGAGCCAGUUCCCGCGUGUGGUCAGAUUUGCGAGGAGCAUUCAAGGCAAUUGGCAAAAGUACGGGCUAUGACGACAAAGGACAAGCGACAAGUCUAAUUCAAGUAGCAGGCUCUCACAACUCGAACACUAUCGAAUACCGAUCCGAGGACGCUCAUUUGGUGCCCAUAAAACGAGAUGACAGAAUCGAUGAGCUGCACUCAUCAUACAAAGAAAAGGCCAUGACGCCCAGUGAAUUAGUGAAGCGGCUACGGCUCGACACUCUUGGCAUAGCACCCAGCACUACAGUCAUUCUUCGCAGUUCCCCGUCGCGAAACCGGCGUCGACGCAGCUCGGCGCAAGCCCUCAAUAACAUAUAUGCGCCAGUUAGAGCCGAGUCUUUCACGCCGCCGACGAACAAUGUUGUCAAUCAGGUGCCAGAAGACACUACCUCAUCUCGCAAGACAUCGAUGGAGUCGUUUGCGUCUACCUCGAAUCGAGAGAGACUGAAGCAGCGCAGCACGCACAGGUUUCUACGUGCCAGAUCGAACCCAGAAACCCUGACGACGAUCAAGGAGUCAUGUCAGGAUAAUUUCAAGCCUACGAUUUUGACAACGGAAAAAGCCGCUGCCAUCAAGAUCAGUGUGGAAACUUACUACAACGAGUUGUUGACGAUACCAAACUCGCGACUCCAUCGGCGACAUUACUUGGAGGCGCAGCUCUACUACCGUCCCCAAAUGUCGAUGGAGGAGAAGGACGCCAUCCGGCGAGCAUUCUUCUACCAAGAAUCAUGCUACCUCCGACAUUGCCGCAUUCUGAAGGCGCAAAGUCAAGUAAGACGAAGGAUGAAAAUGAACGCACAUUGCCGACAAAACUUUGAGCCCGUUAAAGUCUUGGGCAAGGGCAGCUUUGGGGUGGUGCGACUUGUCCGCGAGAAGAAGACGGGGACUCAUGCGCCGUCGCAAGUGUUUGCCAUGAAGGUGAUCCGAAAGUCUGAAAUGCUUUUGAGCAGCCAAGAGGGUCAUUUGCGCGCAGAACGGGAUUUUCUUGUCGCAGCAGAGGGGUCAAACUGGAUUGUACCACUUGUUACGAGCUUUCAAGACUUUACCAAUCUCUAUCUCGUGAUGGAGUAUAUGCCCGGUGGUGACUUUCUCGGCAUGCUGAUGCGUGAGAAUGUGCUGCACGAAACGAUUGCUCGAUUUUACAUUGCGGAAAUGAUUUUGGCUGUGGAAGAAACGCAUCGACUCAAAUUCAUCCACCGCGACAUUAAGCCAGACAAUUUUCUGAUAUCGGCUUCUGGGCACCUCAAGAUAUCUGACUUUGGCCUCGCUUUUGACGGUCACUGGUCCCAUGACGCGGCAUUCUACAGCUGGCAUAGACAUUCUUUGUUUCAGCACUUUCGUCUAUCAACAGACGGGGAUGGCACGACUGGCGAUGCAAGUGCCAGCAAAGGUCGCGCGAAGAAGCUUGGACCGCAUGAGCAAAACAAAGGCUACCACACUGCAUACAACGAUCUGAACCACUUCAACCCGCGAAGUAGCACCAGAUGCCGGGCAACUGCAUACUCGGUCGUGGGCACGAGCCAAUACAUGGCGCCAGAGUGGAGCAUUGGCAUCAUUCUGUUUGAGUGUCUGUAUGGCUUCACGCCAUUUGGAGCAGGCAAAGGCAGAAAGGAAACGAAGCAAAACAUUGCGAAACACAAGGAGAUAUUCUGUUUCCCAACUCGACCAGCUGUCAGUGAUCGGUGCAAAGACUUGCUCUUUUGGAUGAUUCAUGAGAAAGAAAACCGUAUCUGCUCCAAGAGGUAUCAGCACAAAGACCGAUGCCCACCCGGGCCGAAUCGACUGACGGACUUGUUUGGGCGGCACGUGUUUCCAGAUGAUGCCGAGGACAUUAAAGAUCACAGAUGGUUCAAGCAUUUUGCUUGGGACCAAGUACAAAACAUGACGCCACCGUUUGUGCCCAAUAUAUCUAGUCCCGAAGACACGCAUUACUUUGAGGAAUCGGAGCCGUUUAGCGACUGGUCUGAGUCAAACCCGGGUGCUUGCCCGAGCCCUGAUGAAGUGCACAACAUUCUGCGAGACUUUCGCCUGUACGUGCAGCAAGUGGCAGUGGGACUUGUGGCUGAGCCGUAUAACUCGUCUAGCCUCCGAUUGAUUGAUUCCGAGUUGGAAAAUUCGCCAGAAUUGUCAGAGGGUGAAAAGCAAAUGCUCAAGCGCUUCAUCAGGUUGUAUGGACGACGACAGCGAAAACGGCCGCGGGACGUGCUGCUGCGAGAUGGCAAGAUCAAGGAUGUGGUGAUGGAAGUGAGAAAGUCGUCGGCAUUUAUGGGAUACUCAUGGCGACGAAUGCCUCCAAGCGGAUUCAUGAUGCCAGAGUUGCAGCAAUGA